ACCGCUAGGUUGGAGAAUGCUUAGACCAAAGAGGCCGGUUGGAAUGUCAGAGAGCUGGGGCUCCCCUGCGCCCUGUCCCCAAGGCGGACUUUGGGGUUGGGCUUUCUUCUGGGAUGUGCGCGGUGGGUGAGUGGAGACUUGGGGCUCCCUUCCUACUGGGGUUCCCUAGGGCAUGGCUGCAGCAUGCACCUCCCCGAGGCACCAGCUUUGUGAGUCCUCAGAAGGCAUUCUUUUUUCCAGCUGCAAACCAAACGGACAGGUUUGCCCGUGAGCCUCCAGGUUUCAGUCCAAGAGGUGGGAGCUGACGAGGCGCCCGGCUUUGCCCUGCAGCAGCUCCAGCCCCGCCAGGAAACCCGAGACUUCGCAGGAACUCCAGGAAUUGAACUCUAAACAUCGGGAUUGAGCAGAGAAGGACCUGGAGUACGAGGCCUCCUUGGGCGCCCAGAAGGCUUCUGAGCAGCUGUGCUUGCCUUGUUCUCGCUCCCUGGCUCCUCCCUCCUCCCCUUAGCCUCCUGUCUUACCACCUUCCUCCUCUGUUCCUUCCUUCCCUCUUGGGGAUCCCUUUUGACUUCCUCCCCAAUCUUCCUCUCCCCCCUGACUCUUCCUUUUCCUCUUACCUUCCCCUCUCCCGCCUUCCCCUCCCCCACAUCCCUCUCACCCCGCUUUUCCCCUUGCCUGAGCUUUACUCCUUCCCCACCUUCCACUUGGCCCUACCUUCCCCUCCACUGUCCCUCAUUUCCCUUACCUUUCCCUCCCUCUCAUCUUCCCCUCCUCCCUUACCUUUCCACCUGCUCUCCUCACUACCCUCCCACCCUCCGCCUCCCCUUCUCUCCCCUCCCACGCCCCACCCACCACUGUUUGCUUUUCUCCCGGAUCUGGAUGAAGGGGUUGCCCUGCCCAUGCCCUGCCCUGCCCCAUUUGUGGUGGCUGGGGUCUUGCUUCAUGGCUGAGGGCUCGGGGACUCAGGCCCCGGGGAAAGGGCCCCGGCUCAGCAUCCAGCUCCUGAGAGCCCAGUACGAAGGCUUGCGUCGGCAGCAGAGGGCCCAGGCCCACCUGGUGGUGCUCCCGAAAGGAGGGUACGCGUCUGCUCCUGCAGAGUCCAUGGUCAGUGCUGUUUGGAUUAACAAAGAGAGAAGGUGUUCCCUGUCCCUGGAAGAGGCAGAUCCUGAAGCAGAGGUGAUGCUGGAGGAGGCUGACAGAGGCUGUCUUCAGGUCCCCGAAUCUCCAUGGCACAAGCACCUAGAGAUGCACCGCUGGGUCCAGACCUUCCAUCAGGAAACCGGUCUUCAAGUGAAACACAAGGGCAAGCUCGUGGGGUCCGAGCAAAGGCUCCCUCAGGAAGGAGACCCGGGCUCGUUUGAAAACAAUCAGAUGACUCAGCAAGGGACCAGCAUUCUAGAAACAGCCCGGCAUGAAUGUCAGGAGGACAAUGUCCAAACAAAGGCAGUGGGAUCUGGCUUAAAUAUCAGCAUUCAGUGCCCUCCUUCUAUAAAGAACCCACACAGGUCUGAAAAACCAGCUCACUAUCCAUUUCCCCAGAGGAAAACUCCCAGGAUCUCUCAAGCUGCCAGGAACCUCGGCUUAUAUGGCCCAGCCUGAGGCUUUCUACUCAGCCAAAUGUCUCAACUUUGAAACUAUCGAUGACCUCAUCAAAGAACACGGGAGGCAGAGCCACAGCUAGGGCCUCUAGCUAUGCACAAGAGCUAGACUAACUCAGUUGCAAGGAUUCUGAACUUCAUGGUGGACACACAGUCUUGCCCUUCAAAAAAGAAGAGAUUGCCUAGACCAGAUUGCACACAGUCCAGGAUGAAAGAGGGUUGUCUAAUCGAUGCGAUGUGGCCUUAUUCUGCUUAUAUACAAAGACCUUGCUAUGGAGCCCUAGAUGCCCAUUCUUUGGGGAGGCCCAGUAAGUCUCCUCCCCUGUCCCUAGAAAAGGGAAUUUGCAAACAUAACACAGGCGCCCUAGCCAAUGGAAUGCCUUAGCAGUGCCCUGGAGUCAACGGGCGUGGGCAGUCUUGUUUUCAGUAUCUUCUGAUGAUUUCUCACAUGAUCUGGAGAAGAUGAGCACUGAGAAUUGCCUUUUUCUGGUUACUGUGCCUGGAGGCCAGCUCACUUAGAAGUCACUACAUUCACUGGGAGUGACCACACUAUUUCAGCUAAGACUCCCAAAGUAUGGUCACUGUGGGUUAAACAAACAAACAAACAAACAAACCUACUGUUUUGUGUGUUAAGGGUGUUUAGGCCAUCUCUCACCUCGCACUGAGACUGCACAUUCCAGACCAACCAUUGGUUUAUUUCCUUGCCUCUCUCCCUCUAUUCUUCCCUCCCUCCCUCCCUUUCCUUACCUUUCUUUUCCUCUCUUCCUUCCUUCUAUCCUUCCUCCCUUCCUUCCUUUCUUCCCAUUUGUCUGUCUUCUCAUCCUCCCUCCCCCCCCCCCCGUCUCCUAAUUAAGUUCUUAUUAAACACUGCCAGUGAUUGAAAAUAUAUGGUAGUUGGAGCCUGAGCAGGAGACAAAGAAAUGCUCCUACUUGGAAAAUAUGUAUUCCCCACAAACUCCUUCCUCUUCAGCCGAAUUUAAAGAACUCAGAUCCUUCCUGGGGUAUUUUAAACUCAAGAAAAAAUGAACCAGGUGUUACUUGAGUGAUGAGAAGAAAGUCAGUCUUUCUUGGUUAAUGUUUAACUUUAGGAAUGAUAUUUAAACACACCGAAGGUGCCUUUCCCUCAUAUCAGAUAAUCGCUCUGUAAAGUUUCAUUUGUAUUUUCCUCUUUUUCCCCAAUGGCAAUCCUGUCUUGUCCAUCUUCAUCCAGAGUUGUUAACUAGCUGUGUCAUUAUCUGUCAGAGAUACAUAUGUGCCUGCUCAUUGGAUCACCCAGAAAUUCACUGCAGUUUGGGAGGUUGUUGCAUUUUUUUGUGAAUAAUUCUUAAGAGCCACAGUUAAAUU